AAAUCAAAUUCUAAAAUGGCGCACAUGGCAACACUGGAAAACAGAUGUUAGUGCAAUCGCGUCGUCCGCGCGUGAAGAAGCAACAAGCGAGGUGCAAAUCCAAUACAACGGGCACGUGUCGGUUUCCACAGAGCUUUAAUAUAUACAGUUAUAUAUUUGCUACAACAAAAAUCCAAAACACAUAAUAAAACAAUUGUGAGUUGCGCGCAAAUAACAAGGCAACAUGUUCUAUUUGAUUGGACUCGGUCUGGGCGAUAUCAAGGAUAUCACAGUGAAAGGCCUUGAAAUUGUAAAGCAAUGUAGUCGUGUGUACCUGGAAAUGUAUACCUCGAUUCUCGGCUGUAGCCUUGAGGAUAUGCAAGAGUUUUAUGGGCGUCCCCUACUGCUGGCCGACCGUGACCUUGUGGAACAGGGAGCCGAUGAGAUUCUGGCUGGUGCUGGCGAAUCAGAUGUUGCCCUACUCGUUGUUGGCGAUCCCUUUGGCGCCACCACACACACAGACUUUAUUUUACGCGCCAAGGAGAAGAACAUACCCUACAAGGUCAUACAUAAUGCGUCCAUUAUGAAUGCCAUUGGCUGUUGUGGCCUGCAGCUGUACAAAUUUGGUGAAACAGUCUCCAUACCGUAUUGGGAUGAGACUUGGAAGCCAGAUAGUUUUUACGAUAAAAUCAAACUGAAUCGCCUGCACAAUAUGCACACGCUCUGUCUCCUUGAUAUUAAGGUUAAGGAGCCCACACCUGAGUCGCUAAUGCGCAAACGCAAGGAGUACAUGCCACCGCGAUUUAUGAGUGUCGCUGAAGCCGCCCAACAGCUGCUUACCAUUGUGGAGAAGAAGGACGCCCUGGAGCGGAAUACAGUGCUAAACGAACAAUCGCUUUGCGUAGGCCUGGCACGUGUUGGCCAGGAUACACAACAGAUUGUGGUUACUACUCUGCAUGGGAUGCGUGCUACUGAUCUGGGCGGUCCACUCCACUCACUGAUCAUACCCGCCAAGGAGAUGCAUCCACUGGAAGUUGAGUUCUUGCAACAAUAUGCCGCCAACAUUAAAUUGGACGAUUAUAAUCAUUAGAAAGAAUGGACCCACCGCAAAAAUUUAUGUAUUUAAGUGUUUAGGACACAUUUGAUUUGAAUUUAAGUAGCUUGAAGCUCUAUGUAUGGAGAAGCGUAAGAAGAGAAAGUGAUAAACAUAUGUAUGUGGUUUCCCUAACUGCUUAAUUCCAACUGUGUGUAGUUUGCAAACAAUAAUAAA